ACGUUCUACGGGUGCAUCCGCACGGGCGUCGACAACCCGGACAGCGGCAUGGGCUGCUACGCGAUGACUCCCACGGACUACUCGACGUUCGCGCCGUUCUUCAAGCAGGUCAUCGGCGACUACCACAAGAACGACCCGGCGUACAGCGAGAAGCACGUCAACGACUGGGACGCGUCGGGCGUCGGCGAGGGCGGCGUCCUCGACCUCCAGAAGCUCGGCCUCGCCGAGGAGCUCUCCAUGCGCGUCCGCGUGGGCCGGAACCUCAGCGGCAUCCCGCUGCCCGGCGCCAUGACCAAGGAGGACCGCAUCGCCUUCGAGAUCAAGAUGGGCGGCGCCUUCGAGGCCGUCAAGGCCAAGUUCGGCGGCGCGGUCUACUCCAUCAGCCCGGACCUCGGCGACGGCGUCGCGCACCCGAACAAGAUUGACGACGCCAAGUACGAGGAGCUCGUCAAGGCCCACGUCAUGUUCAAGGACAUGGACGCGGACCCCUACCUCAAGUCCGCGGGCAUCUCCUCCGACUGGCCCUACGGCCGCGGCUGCUGGCAGUCGGACGACAAGAAGAAGAUCAUCUGGUUCGGCGAGGAGGACCAGCUCCGCAUCAUGGUCAUGAAGAAGGGCUUCCUCCUCAACGAGGUCUUCGACGAGCUCAAGGAGCUCCUGGACGCCGUCGAGUCCAUCGACGGCAUCUCCUUCGCCAAGGACGACACCUACGGCUACGUGACGUCGUGCCCGACGAACCUGGGCACGGGCAUGCGCGCGUCCGUCCACGUGAAGAUCCCCAACCUCACCAAGGACGGCACGGACACCAAGGCCAAGGAGAUCGCGGGGCCCCUGGGCCUCAGCGUCCGCGGCACGGGCGGCGAGCACACGCCCAUCGGCUCCGACGGCACCGUCGACAUCUCGCCGCGCGCGCGCCUCUUCAUCAAGGAGUGCGAGAUCAUCCAGGCCCUCUACGACGGCCUCGAGAAGCUCCUCGCCGCCGAG